AUGCCAGGCAAACGCGGUGGUGGUGGAGGAGGAUUUGACAUUGGGAUGAUCUUCGCCCAUAAAAUCCUCACAGUCCUCUUUCUGCUCAGCACUGUCGGUUGGAUCGUCGCUUUCAUCGGUCAAUGUGCCGCCGAAGCCGGGUCGGCGGGUCGUCAAGGUGUUCUUUGGUUCGCCAUCUUCCUUCAACUCUUCCUCAUCGUUGCCAAGUAUCUUGGUGUAAUGACGGAUUCCCUCUCCACCUCUCGGCUUCAACUCGUCACUUUCACCGCCGUCGCUCUCGUGUUUUCCGUCAUCGGUAUCAACUCGGGUAUCUACUCGGACAAUUCUUCCGAAGAAGCCGUCGCAGCCGGAUGGUUCCUUAUCACCAUCACCAACGUCAUUUGGCUCCUCUUCCUCACAACCGAGGAGGACUCUGCAUUGUACCCCAUCCUAAACAUGACAAACGAAGGUGUCACACCUCCUGCUUCAGGCGCUGUCGGUAGGUCUGCCGGCAAGUACAUCGCUGGAGCUAUCGGUGGUGGUGGAGGUCAAUCGAUGCGCAAUGCAGGAGGAGGAGCCAUCGGUGGAGGCGGAUACGGCCCAGGCAAUGGCUCAGUCUACUCUGGUGGUUUCCAAGGCACCGCUUCAGGUGGAGCUUAUCAACCUGCAUACGGCAACUCUCCCUCCGCUGCUGACAUCACCACCUCCAACGCCACCGGUUUGGGCGCUCCCAAGUUGUCUUCUACUUCCAUUCCUUCUCGUAACGCCGCCGCUAACGAAACCGGUGCAGCUGGAGGUGUCUCGCAGGAUGGUACAGCACCCAGCGUUGCAAGUCAUGGUGCACCUGCUAGCCCCACCCAAGCUGGCACGUUGCCAGAUUACGGUUACAAAGCUCGUGCACUCUACGCGUACCAAGCCAAUGCAGACGACCCCACCGAGAUUGGUUUCAGUAAAGGAGAGGUACUGGAUAUCGUUGAUAACUCGGGAAAAUGGUGGCAGGCGAGAAAGAGUAAUGGUGAGACGGGGAUCGUGCCUAGUAACUAUAUGCAGUUGCUUUAA